GUGACAUGUGGGAGGUUGAAGGAGAUGAGGCAAUAAUGCCAGCUCUAUGUUUGAGUUAUUAUCACCUACCAGCACAUUUAAAAUUAUGCUUUGCAUAUUGCUCUUUGUUUCCUAAAGAUCACAAAUUUGAUAAGGAAAACCUAAUCCGGCUUUGGAUAGCAGAAGGUUUCAUUACACCCAAAGAAAUUGGCAUUAUGGAAGACCUUGCAGGCAAAUACUUUGAUGAAUUGUUGAAUAGGUCAUCUUUUCAAAAGUAUUAUUUUGAUAACAGAUUUGUGAUGCAUGAUCUGAUGCAUGGUUUAGCAGAGUCAGUUUCAAAAGACAUGUAUUUUAGGAUGGAGGAGAGCAAAACACGGAGCAAUAGCAGUAGCAAUCUUGAGAAGGUUCAUUACGUAUCAAUGAUUGGUGUCCAACCAAAGUCAGUGGAAAAAGAAUUAUAUAAAUAUAAGGAAUUGUCAACAUUGAUGUUUUUGACAUCAAGAUGGGAUCAGCAUAUCCUAGAUGGCUUAUUUGAACAAUGCCGAUGCCUGCGUGUAUUGGAUUUGAGUGAAAAUUAUAAAUUGAUUAAUUUGCCAAACUCAAUAGGCAAUUUGAAACAUCUACAAUUGCUUAACCUCAACCAGACAGGCAUUAAAGUGUUACCCGAGUCAUUGUGCAACCUCUACAAUUUGCAAUCUUUGAUGCUUAAAGAUUGUAAUGACCUCAUUGAAUUUCCUAAAAACAUGGGAAACCUAAUCAACCUCCAAUAUAUAGUGAUGGAAGAUAACAAGUGGGAAAUUUUCAAUCUAAUAAGAGGCAUUGGGAGAUUACAUUUUUUGAAGACAUUGCCUAAGUUUCAGGUGAAAAAGAGCAAUGGCAACAAUAGUAUGAUAGGAGAGCUAAAAGAGUUAUGUCAUCUCCAAGGAUCUAUUUGUCUUUGGGGGUUAGAAAAUGUAGCUGUCUUUGAGGAGGCCAAGGAGGCUAACCUCAUUAAUAACCAUCAGAUUGAUACGUUGGAGUUGCAAUGGGAUGAUAAUAAUGAAAGAGGUAGCAUGGAGGGUGUACUAGAGGGCUUACAACCAUACACAGGAUUGAAAGAACUCAAAAUAAAUAAUUAUGGUGGCAUAAGUUUUCCAAAAUGGAUGAUGAUGAUCACAUGCUAUGAUAUGUUGGCAACGGUAAAAUUAAUGAAUUGUAAGAAGUGCAAGUUUUUUCCUCCUUUUUGGAAUCUACCUUCACUCAAAGUAUUGCAUAUAUCUGGUAUGAAGGAACUGGAACAUUUGGGUAAAGAAUUUUAUGGGUAUAGUGAUAACAACAAUAAAAAGAAGGGGUUUCAAAAGUUGGAGAUUUUAUCUCUCUCAUAUAUGACUGGUUUGAAUGAAUGGUGGGGGACAGAGGAAGGAGAAUUUCCUUGCCUUGAAAAACUUAGCAUCAGGAAUUGUCCCAAAUUGAUGAAACUGCCAUCUUUCCUUCCCACUGUGAAACAAGUAGAAAUCAAUCAGUGUGAUAUGGUGACUUCUCUUCCAAGGCUUCCAUCAACUUCUAAGUUAAAUAUAAAGAGUUAUUCUAAGCUUCAAUCAUUGCCAGAGUUACAAUGUCUUACAUCUCUUCAGAAUUUGGAAAUCAAUGAUUGUCAUGUGCUUCAAUCAUUGCCAGAUUUACAAGUUUUUGCAUUGCUUGAGGGCUUGGAAAUCUCCAUUUGUCUUGUGCUUCAAUCAUUGCCAGAGUUACAAGGUCUUGCAUCCCUUCGACAUUUAGAAAUCACCAAUUGUUCUAUGCUUCAAUCAUUGCCAGGGUUACAAGGUCUUGAAUCCCUUCAAGAUUUGAAAAUCAAUGAUUGUCCUAUGCUUCAAACAUUGCCAGAGUUACCAGAUUUUUCAAUCCUUGGAUAUUUAGAAAUCACCAUUUGUUCUAUGCUUCAAUCAUUGCCAGAGUUACAAGGUCUUUCACAACUUUGCUAUUUAGAAAUCACCAAUUGUCCUAUGCUUCAGUCAUUGCCAGAGCUAGAAGGUCUUGCAUUCCUUGGGUAUUUAGAAAUCACCAAUUGUGCUAUGCUUCAAUCAUUUCCAGAGUUACAAGGUCCUACAUCUCUUAAGCAUUUGAAAAUCAUCAAUUGUCCUAUGCUUCUAUUAUUGCCAGAGCUACAAGGUCUUACAUCUCUUCAAAAUUUGAAAAUCAAUGAUUGUCCUAUGCUUCAAUUAUUUCCAGAGUUACAAGGCAUCUCUUCAGGAUUUGGAAAUCAAUGAUUAUCCUUUUCUUCAAUCAUUGCCAGAGUUACAAGGUGUUACAUCUCUUCAGAAUUUGGAAAUCAAUGAUUACCCUAUGCUUCUUCGAUCAUUGCCAAAGUUACAAGGUCUUAUAUUUCUUCAGGAUUUGAAAAUUAAUGGUUGUGCUAUGCUUCAAUCAUUGCCAGAGUUACAAGGUCUCACAUCUCUCCAGGAUCUGAGACUCAGUGAUUGUCCUAUGCUUCAAUCACUACCAGAGUUGCAAAGUCUUACAUUCCUUCGAUAUUUAGAAAUCAAUAAUUGUCCUAUGCUUCAAUCAUUGCCAAAGUUACAAGGUCUUGCAUUCCUUUGUUAUUUAGAAAUCAUCAAUUGUCAUAUGCUCCAAUCAUUGCCAAAGUUACAAGGUGUUGCGUCCGUUGAGCAUUUGAAAAUCAUCAAUUGUCCUAUGCUUCAAUCAUUUCCAGAGUUACAAGGUCUUGCAUUCCUUUGGUAUUUAGAAAUCACCAAUUGUCCUAUUCUUCAAUCAUUGCCAGGGUUACAAAGUCUUGCAUCCCUUGAGCAUUUGAAAAUCUUCAAUUGUCCUAUGAUUCGAUCAUUUCCAAAGUUACAAGGUCUUACAUCUCUUCAGAAUUUGGAAAUCAUUGAUUGUCCUAUUCUUCAAUCAUUGACAGAGUUACAAGGCCUUGUCUCUCUUUGCAAUUUGACAAUCUUGGGAUGUCCCCGUCUGACCUCCUUGUCCACGGGACUCCACAAGCUCAACUUUCUACUAGCAUUGAAUAUAGAGUGGUCUAAUAAUAUGAAGCCCCUUUUGGAGGAGGAGCUGCCCAUCAGCCUCCGUCGUUUUAUUAUUUAUAAUUGCCCUGAUGAACUAAGGAGUUCGCUGCAAGAGGGAGGGGAAGAUUGGCCCAAGAUUUCUCAUAUUCCCACUAUUGAAUUACCUGCUUCACUCUGAUGUUCUCAUCUCUCUUCUUGAUGUGGCACCAUGAAUCUGAUAUUGACAGCAUUGCAUCAAUAGGUGCAGGUAGAUGUAGAUCCAACAGUUACUAUUUCUUAGAGGCAUCUACAUACAAAAUUUGUAUGGUAUGGGGCCCACUCCAGUGGGUUAGCAGAUCAGCAAAUGCAAUGGCUGAUUCUCUGGCCAAGCAAGGGGUGAUCUGCUUUGGGCUACUUUGCAAUUUGUAUCUCUGGUUUGGGCAUGUUUAGUGUUUAUGAUUCAGUCCUUGGGGAGGGCCCAACUCCAGUUGCAUUGAAUUUGCUAUCUGCUGAUAUGAACACACGUAUGGAGCUAGCUUUCUGCUCAGCGUUUGUCUUAAUGAGCCCAAGGCCCAACUUCAGUUGCAUCGAAUUUGCUGUCUGUUGAUAUGAACACACGUAUGGAGCUAGCAUUCAACCUCAUCAAUCAUGUGAUCCUGUCAAACCCAGUAAACACCCAUCACAGAAAAGCUUGUUGCUUGUCUUCCCCAGCUCAUGUUUCUGGUGUUCCCCUACUCAUUUUCACUACGCAUAUAUGCUCAGAUUGGGAAAGCCAGGAGGACAGCCGUAUUGUGUUGUUGAGGCUAAAAUAUAUGGUUGAAAUUACUAAAUACACUUGAAUAAGAGGAUUUCAUCUGUUGAUGCAUGGCUUCAAGCACUCUAAACAACUUGCUGGCUUCAUUUUAAUUACUUUCAUCGGCAUUCCAUAUUAGAGCAGUUCUAGCAUUAGGGGAGAGUACCCUUGAGAUCACAAGUGCACAAAACAUGAAUAAGGUUUUUCAUAUGUAAGUGGUUAUGGAGUUUACAUUCUGUAUUUCUUCUGAUGAAUUCAAGAAUCCAUGACUCUACCAUUGCUCUCAUAACCGAGGGCUGGUUCGUUGGUGUAUUAGCUGGUUUGUUCCAGUGUUAUGUAGAAUCGAAUCCUACAUCCUGCACCUUGGGGAAAAAGGGGUCAAAGAGAAUAAUACCAAAAAAAAUAAAAUAAGAAUAUGAUACUCUGAUUUUAAUGCUUUACUGAAAUAUCCUUCCCAUAGCACACUUUGGAAUGUUUAAUUAACUACACUCAAGGGUCAAAAUGCUUGGGAUCAACAGAAGGAGCGGAAACAUUGCAAUUUUGCAUUUCUGUAGGGAACUAAAUCCUUCAUCAACCAGCAUGGUUAAUCAAAUGGGUCCUUGCAGUUUUUUCAGUUGAAACCUUCUGUUUUGCUAAAUAGGAUGCUAGUUCUUGAAUACUUGUCAGCUUUCUCGAACUAGGAGCUCCACUGAAAAUUUUGUUCUCUUAUUUUUGGCCAUCUGCUAACAUUUUAUAAUUGCAAAUUCCCGUGAAAAUGUGCAAUUCCUAUUAAUUAGAGAUGAAGAUGGGGAUUUUCAUCUGCCAAGGAAUAUGUGUUUAUGAUUGGGGAUUUUCAUCCCGAAUCCAAGGCAUUUGAGAUCUUGUUUGUGGGAUGCAUGCCCAUGUUCAUGAUUUGGGUCAUUACUAGUCCAAUAUAUGUUCUUUUCCAACUGCGAAGGAAUAUGUGUAAUGCCUAUUGUACAGUAUUCGGUUCUAGGGCUCAAGUACAACAAAUCAGAUGGUGAUUGUUGUGAUUGUGUUUUGAAUUCCAGUUGCAGCCUGAGCCAUGAUCCAAUCCUAAUUUUGUGGUGAAAAUCCAGCAAAUAAAAAUUCAUUGAGGUCUGCGGUGGAUUCAGAGGGCUUGGGUUUCAUAUAUAUUAUAUUUGUUUCUAGGGUUUGAAGCAAGAGAAUGUUAUACUAAACAGAGUGUGAGAGAGAAGAUUUUGGGUGUAUAGGGCGCAAGGGUUUGAAAGAAGCUGUUAAUACUUGUACCCCAUUGUUGAUUAUAAUGGAUUCUUGCUCUUCCUACCGUGGAUGUAGGCUUAAAGCCGAACCGCGUUAAAUCUCUAUGUGCUUUCUUGAUUUGCUCUAUUAUGGUUUUUUGUUUCAUUUGCUCUAUUUAUCAAUCAGUUUCAUAUCUUUGGGGUUUUGGCACAACUGUGAAAUUCUGUCAUUAUGCAUUGCCACAUGGAAUAUGUAAGAAAUAUUCAAUCCUUUUGUUGCUGAACAAAGGAUCCCAUGUUUGUAUUUCGUAGGCGAUAUAAUGCAAUCUAUAAUGAGGAUUGGUUUAA